CCUCUUUGUCAUGGUGAACUGUAUGUGGUCGGUUCUCCACCUUUCACUCAGCGCUAUUUUUAGCCCCCUUGUGUGCCAGGCUGAGGGAAUGCAUAAAGGCAGGGGAGCAUGUCUUGAGGUCCAGCAGGGAAAAAAUGUGUGUGUUUAGUAGAAGCACGAGUGUGUUGUAACAAAGGUGCCACCGUUUGACCUGACUCGAGACAAACAAACGAGGAUGCCCUCGCCUGGAAACCUAGCUUCGGAGUCCUGGCAUUCUUUAAUAUUACUGUUUGAAUCAUUUCUGCCCGGUGUGAAUUAUUUAAACCUCAGAGGCAGCAAAAGUGCUGCUGAAGCUUGGCAUCUACAGAUCAGCAGCGUCCAGGCUUUCUCUCUCCAGCAGACUUGCGUAGCAACUAUCUCAUAUUCGCUGUAUUUAUUAGGCAGAGUGGCGUUGUAUUCUCUCAGGAGCGGCUAGAUGAACCAACCGGGUGUACGACCAGAAACAGAUACACUGCUGAGAGACGCUAAAGACUCACCAUCACUCAUUUAAAGUCAGUCUGUGCUAAUAAAUAAAUAAUUCAGGUGCAUUUGUAAACCCAGUUGAAUGAUAAUCAUAUCGGAGCUGGUCAGAGAUUUAAAAGAAAAGGGUAAGAUUUAAUCGUAACAAAUACCAAAGAAGGGUCACUGAUACUGAUGCUGGUAAAGGCACACGUAGGAACAAGCUCUAGUCUACUGUAGUGUUCUUGUGGCGUUUAAUGCUUCUAGCUUUCCAAACCCUCGUGUUAUAGAGGAGCCCUUAGUUAUCGGGUUCCCUAGGUACUAGAUAAAUGUGAAAAAAACCUGUGCUGUCUAGCAGGAGAGUCCCAGAAACCCCAUAAACCCACUUGCUUUAAUGCUUUAUUCACAUUCAUGGCAUUUGGCAGACGCCACUUAUCCAGAGCGACAUACAUUUUAAUAUCAUUUUAUACUACUGAGCAAUCGAGGGUUGCUCAAGGGCACAGCAGUGACCGCUUGGUGGAUCUGGGGUCCGAACUCACGACCAGUGUUGUGCUAGUUACUAAGAGAUAGUUACUAGUUACCGUUACUAGUUACUUCAUUCAAAAAGUUACUUCAUUCAAAAACUCAAUUACUUUGUUGAAUACUUACACCAAAAAGUGUGUUAAAAGUAUUUAUGCGUUACGGUCUAUACAAACACAAAACUGUCCCUGGCUAACGAUUAAAAUGUAGUCACUGUGGUUUGGCUGGAGGGGCUUGACUCGUGUGUCCACCGACACCGGGUUAGCUUCUAGCUUCGUCGGGGCAUGUAGUUUCUACCUCCAGGAGGAGCUUGGACAGAUUGGAGUCGCUGUUUAUCGCAGUAGAUCGGACCUUCGAACCAGAAAGACGCAUUUUACAUUUGACUAAAAUGUUUUUGUCUUUAUGCUCAACUAAAGUGAAAUAAUGAGCAAACGUAUUUCCAUUUUGAGAAACUCGUCUUGCUCUCGCCUCGACUCGCCGCUACUGCCGCACAUACAUGAAUAAACGGAAACACGCCCCCGGGGUGCGGCGCCUUUGUGUUUACAGGUCGGCAUCCACCGAUCCUACGAUGCGUCGCUGCUGUAAACAGGUCAGACUGUAGGUUACACUUCAGCCUAAAUGAAUUUGUUUAAAAAAGUAACGGACAAACGCACCGUACGGUAACGGGGUUACUUUAUUUAAACAGUAAUACUUUAGAGUAUUAGUUACUGUCAAAAGUUACCGUGUUACAGUAACGCGUUAAUGCCCGACACUGAUCCGUUAGACCCUCCGUUAGUAGGCCGACGCCUGAACCACCGAGCUACCGUAUUUUCCCCGUUUAUAGCCAGUUUAAACUGAUGAUGCCAAACAUUACAGCCUCUCUAUCGUUUACUCUGCCAGACUGUUUAUAACCGUUUUGGUUUCCUGAGGCAUCAGACAUCAUGCUGCAAUGCAAUGGUAAUAGUUCACUACAGUAGAGAGAGUGUGUACAUGUACAAACAGCAGUGCACGAAAUGUCCCGUAGAUGAUGGGUGCAUUACAGGUCUUAAAAAGGUCGUAGAUUUCUGUUACCACAUCGCUAAUGGACAAAUCGGGGGGUGGGUUAGUGUUUUAUGGUGUGUGUUCACAUUUGAUGGUGUGUGUCCAUGCCAAAGAUUUUGUGUUUAGUUAGAAAUGCAUCUGCUAAGUAAAACUAAACCUUCUCUCAUGCUUUACAUACGAGUUCAUGUGUAAGUCCAUCCCAAAGAAGGGGAUGCCUUAAUUCUUGUUUCUGCAUCUGCUGACUGGAUGAAGUAGAAAGUAGGAGGAGCCUCAUUGCUGCUGCAGCAUGCACUAGGAGGGAGGGAGAGAAGGAGCACAAAUACAUCAGUGCUAUGGAGAGAGGGAGGGAGGGAGGGAAAUGGAGAGAGAGAGAGAGAGAGAGAGAAUAAGAGGAAGGGAGGGUGGAAGGGAAACGAGGCUGGCUGUGCUCUCUGCACCACACCACUCUCUCCCUCAUUACCAUUCCAGACACUGCCUUCUCUGAGGAGAACCCUUCGCUCUGUUUGAAAUGCCAAUCACCGCUGGCCGUCCUUUCAUCCUCGAUCACACGCACUGAAAGCACGGGCGAGCGGGAGCCCCGCAGACGCUAAAAGGAUUUUCCCGCUCUUCUCCAUCCGAACAAAGUUUCUCGAAAAAGAAAAAUACACACGGAUGAUGCUAUUUAGGAUCGCAGGAUCUUGACUAUACCGUUUUCCGCCUGUGAUCUCACCAGCAGACUAAUUAGUGCUAAGAGGACAGAUGGAGAUCCUGUAAUCAGAGUGGUAAGGACUUCCUUUUUAUUAUCCACUUUGACUCCGGCAUCGGUCUGUCCUGUGCCUUCACAGCUGUUCCUCUCCUGGAAAAGGCAGGAACUGGACAGAGGAAGUGAAGGUUGAGGGUGGGGGUAGUUCUAGUACGUCCUGUGUGGUCACGAAUGGGAUCGGCUGUAAACCUGUGUAUAAAAGGAUUCUGGUAGACUGAGCAAACGAGCGACUCCUGUUCCUGCUGAGAUGGCAGACAUCAGGCACGUUCACGUCUGUCCCGUCUGCCGGGGCCAGCAGCAGUCUGGGCAAUAUCUGCUGAGUUAGUACCCCCCCACACCAUCCCGAGGAAGCCUUCCUCCAUCCUUGUGUGCCCACAAAGUCCUUGAACAAGAUGAACACAACUGAGCUGAACCAGAGCGCCGUGACCUUCUGCCUUCUGGACAUUGGUUACUCUCAGAUCUUCAACACGUGCCUGCUGGAAGUCGUUGUCAUCCUCUUUCUGACCGUGCUCAUCAUCUCUGGUAACUUGGUUGUCAUCUUUGUGUUUCACUGCGCACCUCUACUCAACCACCAUACCACCAGCUCUUUCAUCCAGACGAUGGCCUACGCUGACCUGCUAGUGGGAGUAAGCUGCCUUAUUCCAUCUCUGUCUUUGCUACACCGCCUGAAAGGGCUGGACGAGCAGAUUACCUGCAAGGUGUUCGGUUACAUGGUGUGUGUGCUGAAGAGUGUCUCCAUGGCCUCACUGGCUUGCGUUAGUGUGGACCGGUAUAUAGCCAUUACGCGGCCACUGUCCUAUGCGGCCUUGGUGACACCGUGCCGUCUGCGGGCCUGCAUUGCACUCAUCUGGAUCUACUCCUGUCUAAUCUUCCUGCCCUCUUUCUUUGGCUGGGGCAAGCCUGGGUAUCACGGUGAUGUCGUCCAGUGGUGCUCGUCAUCCUGGGCCACCCAGCCGCUCUUCACCGCCUUCAUCGUAGCGGCGCUCUAUGCACCCGCGGCCCUCACUGUGUGCUUCACCUACGCCCACAUUUUCCGGAUAUGCCGUCAGCACACCCGACAAAUAAGCGAGCGUCGGGCGCGUUUCGGCCCGCAGGAAACUGAGCCCGGAGAACCACCUGGCCCUGACAAACGCUACGCCACCGUGCUCUUCCGCAUCACCAGUGUGUUCUACCUGCUGUGGCUACCUUACAUCAUAUACUUCUUGCUAGAGAGCGCCGGAAUAUACCGGCAUCCCGCGGCCUCCUUUUUGACCACAUGGCUCGCAAUCAGCAACAGCUUCUGCAACUGCCUCAUCUACAGUUUGUCAAACAGCGCCUUCCGUAAAGGCCUCAAGCGUGUCUGUUUGAUUUGCAUAAAAAGCACAGACACCAAGAAGUCCCCCGGGAUGCCGUCGGCUCCUCCUCGCCCGGCAUGUCACGUGUAACACCCAGUAAAGACUGGAGAGUGUCACACAUUAUGUGCUUGUCUCGGCCAGUGGAAACAGGCUUGCGUCGGCAUCUGGGUGGUGUUCCCAGGUCUUGUCCCUGAGUCUGGUUGUCUCCGUGACAAAUCCUCGAGGCAAAGGAGUCCCCUUUCACCCCAUUCAUCAGUGUCGAAGGGGUAGUUAGGGCUGCUGUUUUUUUGCAGCAUUGAAUAACAAUUCUUUAUGCAAAAACUAACCAUCACAAACCAGAAGAAGAAGGAAAAAACGACACACAAUCAUGGAUAUAAAAUAAAGAAAAAUACUUUUGUAAACUAAAUGCUUACGUACGUCAUCUGUCAAAUCUGAACGUCUUAACAUCGUGUUGCUCAUUUGACAUCUGAUCCACUUUAACCAGAGCGAGCAGAACUGUUGUUGUUGUUUUCAGGACAAUUUAAUGUGCUAUCAGACAAACCUGUGACUAAUCAUGUGCCACAUUUCCCAGUUCAUCCUGUUGGAUGCUUCUUUGGCGAUGCAGGUUUGGUGGAUUGUGUAACUUUGCCUCCGGUCACAGGACGAACGUAUGCGUGGAGCAGCAAACAAAUGGACCAUUCUGCUCGAGUCAAGAUUGCACAAAGAUGCACUUUCUCACUGGAACACAUGGGACCUCGCGGUUCCGUUCUUCGCUCUCUAGAUUUGUGUUGUUGAAAAAUGUUAAUCACCACCCAAGGGGGGAGAACUUCCCUCGAUAGUUUCAGAAAAGCAUCUCUGGAUUUGUCAUUUGAUGUGAUGACGUUUCUUCAUAUCAUGCAGCAUAAGUGUAGCACAGCUGUCUUGGCAUGUGUUUGGUUUACUUUCCAAAAUGGAGAUCUUUAACUAUAGUGCUGUACGCCAUAUGGUAAUAUUUAUCAAAAAAAAAAAAAACAUUUCAUCUCUUACGGAUCGCGCUUAGCGGGAGACGGAGAGCAGAGUCUCUCAGCUAUACUGUACACAGUAAAGACAGAGAGCCAGAGUAACGACAGAAAAUGAGACUUUUAUUUUGCAAAAAACAAAACAAAACAAAAAACCACCUAAUUGAAGGACAAACAAAUCAAUCUAAAGAAAGAAAAUCAAUCUAAAUAAAUAAAUAAAUAAAUAAAUAAAUAAGGCUGUGAGACUGUCAGACCAACAAAAGGCUACAUGACUGUUUUUAGCAAGCUUCCAGUAUUUCUUCUGUAUUAUUAAUCUGGACCGUUCAUUUCUGUACAUAAUUCAUAAUUUUUAUACGUGAAGGUGCCAAGAAAAACGGAGGACGCCGGAAUCCGCCUCGUCGUCGUCUCGUCAGUUAUAAUCCCUGCUGUGAGCUUGAAGUCAGUUUGUCGUCACACUGGUCACAACUUCAGUGGUACUGUUUUCCUUUAGAUAGCUUCGUCUUCUAGCUGACCAAAGUGAAAUAUUUACGCACUUUUGCUUUCCUUUAUUUUUUUUUUCUUUUCUUCAAUUUUUAAAACAACAACAAAAAAAAUCCCAUAACGUAUAAAAAUGUCACGUUCGAUAACAUGUAUGCGGUCGUGUUUCCUGUAUCGUGGGCUGUGUGCGUUUCAAAAGAAUCUAUUUAAUAUAUCGGUAUCAUUAUAAAAAUGUGUGUCUUGAUGUAAGAGUGUUUUAUAUUUCAGUAGAACUGUGACUAAAGAGAACACUCAUUUUCUCUAAUAAGUACCAGGCAGUUUUGACCAGCAAAGAAAAAAUAUUUUUUGUGAACUUUACUGCAUGUCGAAUUAUUAUAAUAGAUUUACAACGAAGUCGUCUUUGUACUUAGAGACGUACGGGAUGUCGACGUGAGUGUUUUAAAACUUUAGAAACCUGGUUUUAGACUGUUUAUUAACUGCCACGACAGGACAGGGCGCCGUGCAAUAUGUCUGUUUUGGAGGUUCUGAAGUAAAAUGGUAGAACCACGUAUCGCACACAAUGGGAGGGGGUGGUGGGUGGGUCGGGGCGCUUUUAUUUGUUCCACGUGUUCCAGCUGUGUGUCGAAACUUCAGAUCUCAAUCUGGUGGCCUCUGGCCGUGAGCUCGGACGCCUUUGGACCGGAGCCGUAGUGUUGGAGCGAGAGCGAAGCAAGUCUUGACUCCGAAGCCGUGUUUAUUAUUAAGUGCACAUGACUUUGUUUUGUUUGUGUUUGUUAGUUAGGCCAGAAAAGGAACAAAGGUGUAAAAAGAGCUUGUGUACAUUUUAUUCCUUUGAUUGUUUCAGAAAAUUCUCUCUUUAGCGUGAAGGGAAGUGUGAUUUUUUUUUUUUUUUUUUUUUUCUCCUUCCUGCUUUUAGCGAAACGUUGUAGUGGUUUUUUUUGUUUGUUUUUUAACGAACCCGGUGCCAAACCCACACUCAGAAUACACUUCUGUUUUAAAAAAACACUUCUAUUUUAAAAAAGGACCAAUUUCAUAGCAAGGUUCAGGUGACUUUAUUUAUUUAUUUAAUGUUUUUUUUUUUUGUUUGUUUGUUUUUUUAAUCAUAUGA